AUGUGCGGCUGCACCCUAUACGACUCACCAACAUGUGGUCAUUCCUGGAUCUCCAUGAGCCAACCUUGCGGCUUUCUUUCUGAUCUCCUCAAUUGCCCCAACCGCCAAACCUAUCAGACACUAAUUGCACCACCAUACACCUGUCCUGUUUGCAACGGCGGAUUUGCAGAUCGAGAGACAAUUGAGAUGGUUCAGGGACCUUGGGGUUGUAAUCAGAUGCUUCGAAAUUACGUUGGCGGCAACUACGCGAUCCCGGGUCAGUGGGGCAGCGCACCAUUCAUGUCUGGUGGGUGGGGAAGCCCAGCGAUCACUCCUGGACCCAUGUCUGGUGCUUUGAUUCCCAUGAAUCAGGGCUUUACCUAUGAUCACCGCCUCAUUGGCCCCUAUGGCCCUCAAAGCAUGAUAUCGCAUGCUCCGAUGAUCACGAACGGACCGAUGAUGGGCGGUUCAGCGAUGGUUAUGCAUGAACCAACGAUGUACGACAACGGAUUUGGUGCCUACGACGAUGGCUAUGCCAGCGACUACAAUGGAUAUUACGAUAACAGGCGAAAGAAGAGGAGGCGUAAGAGCCAUUACAAGUACAAGUAUACAGACAAGCCUGCGACCAACUGUACGGUUAUGUAG